UUCCGAGUGUGCGAGGUGCUGAGACUGUCGGCUUGUCGGCUGUAUUCCCCUUCAUGUCGGGGGGUGGGGGGUGACCCUGAACUGCUGAUUGGUGACCCUGAACUGCUGAUUGAUGAUUGGAAUUGACACACAAGGAGCAAGCAGUGAAAUCCUGGCCCAUGUGAACCUGCUAAAUGUACAAUUGGAACAAGAACCAAAAUAUCAACCAAGGAUAAGUGGUUUGAAGGUCAUCGAAUCAGCACAUGAAAAUGGAAUUCGGAUGACUGUGCGGCUGAGAGAGCUUGAAGUCAAGGAUCUCCUCAGUCUGUCCCAGUUCUUUGGCUUUAGUACUGAUGCAUUUGUCCUGGCUGCCAGUUUGCUUGAUAGAUUCCUAGGGUUGAUGAAGGUGCAGCCGAAACAUUUAUGCUGUGUCGGCCUUUGCUGUUUUUACCUCGCUGUGAAGGUGACUGAAGAAGAGCACAGUAUUCCACUUGCCAGUGACCUGAUUCGAAUUGGUCAAUAUAGAUUCACUGUUUCAGAUAUGAUGAGGAUGGAGAAUAUUAUACUGGAAAAGCUGCACUGGAGGGUGAAAGGUCCGACUGUUUUGAGCUUUCUGCGACUAUAUCACAAACUCAUUCUGAACUGUUCUUCAUCUGAAAGGAAAAAGAUGCUGAACCUUGAGCGACUCGAAUCCCAGCUUAAAGCCUGUAAUUGUCGUUUCGUCUUCUCCAAGACGAAAGCGUCCACAUUGGCACUGUCGAUCCUUGCUCUAGAGGUCCAAACACAGAAGUUGCAUGAAUUAACAGAGGCCAUAGAGAGUCUACAGCAACAUUCCAAAAUAAGUGACCAUGAUUUGUUCCAUUGGAGAGGUCAUGUUGCAGAAUGUUUAGCAGAUUAUUCAUCAUCUAGGUGCUCCAGACCUAGCAACAAAAAGCUCAUGUGGAUUGUAUCAAGACGCACAUCUAGGCAGCUUCACCAUUCCCAUCGUGUAACUCCUCUCCCGACGAUUCCUGAAGCUGCCACAUGUACCGAGUGAGAACCUUAAUACAUCAUGCACCAAAAGGAAUGAUGUUCAUCAGCUGAAGUGCCUCAACAGUUAACUAAAUUUGCUCAUCUUCACAAGAAGUAUCCUCUCUAAGAGCUACAGCUUGCAGUGAAGUAGUGUGUAGGAUGUAAUUCUGAAAAAUAAUACUGGCAACUAUUUUUUACUAUUGCAUUUCUAAACGUUUUUAAAUUCUGAGCUGUGAUCAAUAUGGUAUCCAACUUUUUGCAUACAGGUAUUUUCAACUGUCAAAAACUGUAAUAAAGGGUUUGGUCAAAUAUUGACUUGAUACACAAUCAUCCUUUUCAAUCUUAUUGGCUUAAUUUAAAACCUCCAUGAGGUUUUUAAUUACUCUAGAUCUAAAUGUGCAUGUCACAUUCAUUAGGGAAAUGAAGUUUAUUGAUUCUUCCCUGAAGUAAAUUCCAUUAGCCUACAGGUCACUUAACAAUCAUGACCUUCUCUCUUCCUCUCUCCUCAAAUUAAAAGAAUUGCAAUUAGAUGCAGACAUAUCCCAUAAGUGGACUGGAAAAUGAUUUAUUUGAAGUUAUUCUAUUGAGGCUGUUUUUGCAGGCUUAUCUUAUCAGAUUAUAAUAGCCUAGUCUUUUUGCCAGAACGCUGUCUGAGAGGAGCCUACAGUUUGAUAACUCUCUCCCUUCAUUUUUCUCUUCAGUUUCUGUAGCCUCAAAAGCUAUGGUUGUAAUUUAUUUGAGCUCACUGGAGUGGGUAUGAUGGUGGGUGGGGUGCAGAAUAGGACAAGAGUAGCUACAUCCAAUAGUUCCCAACUUCAGGGAGGGAAAACUGACUCAACUAAGUUAGGGCAGGAAGGGCCCAACAUGGCCACUGGCAGCAAGAUUCCAAUUGGGCUCACUAAUGAGCCAGUUGACAGCAAUUAUCUCUUGGCAACCAAUCCCAGUUUGGUUUGUCUGCAGCCUCAUAGGGGUGGAGGGUCCCUCAUUCACAGUUAGGGGUGGGGGAGAUUCCUCAUUCUCAGGCACUCUAACCAAUUGAGGGACCUGGUAUCACUAGUGAAACACUUUAAGCAUAUUCACCAAUGCAGUGUAGGUAACAUGGCAGUCCAUUUGUGCACCGCAAACUUCCACAAACAGCAAUAUGAUAAUGACUAGAUAAUUUUUCUUCAAAGUUAAUUGAGGAAUAAAUAUUAAUCAAAAAAACACUGGAGAUAACUCCACUGCUCCUCUUCAAGAUAGUGCCAUAGGCUCUUUCACAUCCAACUGAAUGGGUUGACGGGGGGACUCAGUUUAACACCUCUGAAAGAGGGCACCUCCCUCAGCAUAGAUUUUUUUUUACCUGAGCCACCACUGUGGGAUUUUAACUCUCAACCUCCUGACUGAGUGGUGACAGUGCUACCAACUAAGCUACCUCUUCUGGUAGGGGAAGGGAAAAGUAAUUAUUUGGCUGAAAGUGCUUUGGUACAUUCUGGAGACUUGGGUACACCACUGUACAUGUAUCAUUUACCAUUUCAUGGUGAUGUAGAUCUUAUUUGUUAUACCCUGACCCUUUGGUUGAUAAAGGAAAUCCAUUAAUUCCCCUAUAAAUUUAAAUGUUGUGUUCAGUUAUCUGCUCUGCCUAACCUUUAUCAGUAAAUUGAGUUGUAGAGUGUAUCCAGGUAAUACACCAGAUGGAACCAUUAGUAAUCCACUCAUCUAAUCAUUUGUCUUAGUAGAUUCCAAAUAAUAUUACUGUUACGUUAGUGCCCAUUUCCAACAUUGUAACCUUUUGAUUUGAACUUAUCAAGGAGGACAGAAUUGGAUAAUUCACUUUAUCUCCGUAAUAAUGGAAAUUACUUGCUUUUUUUUUUUAUCUAGUAAAAGUUCCUAAACCCUACAAACUUAAACUUGCACAGUGCUCUAGUUUGAUACACUUUAAUUUCUAGAUUAGGAGCAGUAUUUUUUAUUUAAAGACUGGUGGAGAGUUAGGUUUUUAUUUGAUUUUACAGAAAUACAGUACUUAAGUUUUAAUCCUUCAAACUCAUACUGAAAUUGAUAUUUUGUGUUUCUACUUGGAGGCUUUGGUCCUAGAAGAGUGUAACUGUCACAAAUGUGUAAAGCUGAUACAGACAGUUGUAUAGUGAAAAGUAUUAAUGGCCAUGCUUCACCAGCAAUCUAUGCAUUGCAUAGUUCCCAGCUACAUCGAAGCUUAUUGUAGCUCCCUUAUUCAUGAAAAUAUUGCACUGGGGUUUUGCCAGUAGGAGAAACUAACUUUAGGAAGUUUUGGAAAAAUCGUUUGAGAAAGUGAUUAGAAACUUGGUUAUGCUGCAGAUGAGGCUUUUGAGCAUGGAUUUUAGUAGAACCAGAUGUUGAGUUUAUAUCUAACUCAAAGUUUUAUGUGCCAUAAAACUAGUCGAGUGGAAAUCCAUUUUUAAUGAAACAAUGCUUGGAAUACACUUUCUAGCAGCAAGAUUGUUUGGCACUUUUUAAUCAAUAAAAAGCAAAAAAAAAACCUAAAUGUAGUGUGGAUCUAGUGCAUUAUCGAAACACAGCUUGAAAGGCAGAUUCCUAUAUGCUAGCAAUGUUGGAAAGCUACUAGGUCAAAAAUUUCAUAAAAUAGUAUAAUUUCAUAAAAAUGCCUAAGUUAAGAUCCACAUCAAAUCACUUGGAAGUGUCCACAGUUAAUCUUUGCUUAAACUCUAAACUUCUUGGAAACUUAUUAAAAUUCUUUUCUUGGUUUGCUGCAUUAACCCAACCUAACCCUUUAUUGCAUUUUAUGAAUGGAGCAUGUUCUGCACUGAGGAUUUGAGCUUGUUGAUCACCUGGUUAGCAGCAGCCAAGAAAACUAGAUCCUUGCAUUAUUAUGGGAGGUGAAAAGUGUAGUCUUUUUGAUCAGAUACAAGACGCUUGUAUAAUAAACAUGCUUUUUGAAGUUAUUAAAUUGUGAUUCAGUUUGGGAUCAUGAAAUGCCAUUGCAGUAUUGCUAAAUGCAUUUUGUGAAGGAAAUGCUUCUGAAUGCUUUGUUUCCAUUUGGCUUGACUUGGUUUUAAAAUUACUGAAAAUGGUAAUAAACGAAGUAUGUUUGAAAUAAAAAGAAAACAAAAUAUUCAAAUCUAACUACUUGGAAAUUCAGAUGACAUGUUACAAUUUCUACAUUGUGAAUUCAUUUCAGGACCCUCCAAGUGAAAUUUCAAAGUCACUUUUUAGUAUUUGUUUUAAAAGACUUGCAUUCUUGCUUAGAAUUGGAUUUUUUAUUUCUAGUGUGCAAUGGUUAUUUAAUUUAUUUAAAUUAGGCUUAUUCAUUAUAGGCAAUGAAUUGAUUUUCACUGGUGCAGUGCAAUAUGACUAGUUUAGUUAAGCCUAUGGUGGGAGUGGGACAGUUUCUAAACAACCGACUUGAUUAUUCUUCUAUAUUUAACGUAAAACACCGUGAUAUUUAUAUUCUGGAAACAUUUGGUUGCAAUACGAUAUUUAUUCUGGAAACAUUUGGUUGCAAUGCAAGCAAAAGUGUUUUGUGUAAAGAUGAUUACUUCAAUGCCUAUGAGAAUCUCUGGUUUGUUUUUCAAUAAAUUUUUGUCGUUUUUUAAAAAAACAAA